UGAGAGAAUAAAUAUCUUUUUUAAAGCCAUCCACUUGUGGUAUUUCUGUUGUAGCAGCACUAGAUAACUAAGACACUGUCCUUCUUGACUGAAUCACAGCAUGCUUGAGGACCUGGAUGGAUGCUCUGACUGACUGACUCUCUGACAGACAGUAUGGUCAAUUAGAUUCUGAGGAUGACAACCUGGCUGAUUGACAAUAUGAUGAAGGACCGAUUGAAGGAAUCACAGGCUGCCUGACCAACUCAUAAAUUAGCAUAGCUACCUCACUUGAUGACUGUACAUGCUUGUGGACUGUCUGCCCCGAUGGAAUCACAGCCUCCCUGAGAGGGCCCAGUGGAUCACAGGACACUGACUGACUGGCCAAUGGUGUGGAUGAGUAGCCUGAGAAAUUACAGACUGGCUGACCUACUGACAGGCUGCAGCGUGUGUUGCAAGUCUUCUUGGAAUCAGCUACAGGACCUGUGCCGCCUGGCCAAGCUCUCCUGCCCUUCCCUGGGCAUCUCCAAGAGGAAUCUCUAUGAUUUUGAAGUCGAGUACCUGUGUGACUACAAGAAGAUUCGCGAACAGGAGUAUUACCUGGUAAAGUGGCGUGGAUACCCAGACUCGGAGAGCACCUGGGAGCCACGGCAGAAUCUCAAGUGUGUGCGCAUCCUCAAGCAGUUCCACAAGGACUUAGAAAGGGAGCUGCUCCGGCGACACCACCGGUCAAAGCCACCUCGGCACUUGGACCCAAGCUUGGCCAACUACCUGGUGCAGAAGGCCAAGCAGAGGCGGGCACUGCGGCGGUGGGAGCAGGAGCUCAAUGCCAAGCGCAGCCACCUGGGACGCAUCACUGUGGAGAAUGAGGUGGACCUGGAUGGGCCUCCGCGGGCCUUUGUGUACAUCAAUGAGUACCGUGUUGGUGAGGGCAUCACGCUCAACCAGGUGGCUGUGGGCUGCGAGUGCCAGGACUGUUUGUGGGCUCCUGCUGGAGGCUGCUGCCCGGGGGCAUCACUGCACAAGUUUGCCUACAACGACCAGGGCCAGGUGCGGCUGCGAGCCGGGCUGCCCAUCUACGAGUGCAACUCACGCUGCCGCUGUGGCUAUGACUGCCCCAAUCGUGUAGUACAGAAGGGCAUUCGCUACGACCUCUGCAUCUUCCGCACAGAUGAUGGGCGUGGCUGGGGCGUCCGCACACUGGAGAAGAUCCGCAAGAACAGCUUUGUCAUGGAGUACGUGGGAGAGAUCAUUACCUCAGAAGAGGCGGAGCGGCGGGGCCAGAUCUACGACCGCCAGGGUGCCACCUACCUCUUCGACCUAGACUAUGUGGAGGAUGUGUAUACCGUGGAUGCCGCCUACUACGGCAACAUUUCCCACUUUGUCAACCACAGUUGUGACCCCAACCUGCAGGUGUACAAUGUCUUCAUAGACAACCUUGAUGAGCGGCUGCCACGCAUCGCUUUUUUUGCCACAAGGACCAUCCGGGCAGGCGAGGAGCUCACCUUUGAUUACAACAUGCAAGUGGACCCCGUGGACAUGGAGAGCACCCGCAUGGACUCCAACUUUGGCCUGGCUGGGCUCCCUGGCUCCCCAAAGAAGCGGGUCCGUAUUGAAUGCAAGUGUGGGACUGAAUCCUGCCGCAAAUACCUCUUCUAACCCUUAGAAGUCUGAGACCAGACUGACUGUGGGGGCCUGAUACUGCCCACCCACCCACUGCUGCCCUCCUGUCAGAGGAAUGACUGCCAGGGCAUCCUGCCUGUUGCCACCUGCCCCCACAUGCUCCAUGCUCAGGGCUGCGGGGCUGCGGUGAGGACUGACUCCAGGAGUCCCCUCUCCCUGUCCCAGCCCCAUCUGUGGGCUGCACUUACAAACCCUUUGCCCACCUUCAGAAGUCAUUUUCCUACAUCAGGACUUUCUGCAGUCGAGAUCUAUGGCUUAUCGAGGAGACCCAAGGGGUGAGUCCCAGCCCAGCCCCAGAACUGAAAAAUGUUUGUUUUUGCACCUGCUUCUGCCUGGAGCUUGAGGGGUCUGUUGCAGGCCUCCUCCCUACUGCCCCAAGGGUGUGGGGAGACAACCCCAGGGCAGGCAGACCUGGUCAGAGCCCAGAGUUCCCAGAGCUACCCACUGUUCUCUGGGGCCAGGAACUGCUAGUGAAAGAAAACAGAUCCCCAGGACUGGGGCUGAGGCUGGCUUCUGCUCAUGCUCACAGUGAUGCUAGUGUUAGCCCUGGAAGCUGUAGGAAUGCUUCUUCAGGGCCACCUCAUCUGAGAUGUAGACACCCACCUGCCACUGGACUGAGGACUGGAUGCCCAUGACCCACUGACCAGUGCUGGGAAGGCAGUCCCAACUUUGCUGUCCUCUGAGGUGGGGCUGGGACUGAGCUCUGCCUUCAGGGAGUUCAGAGAAGGCCCCUGGGGAUCUCAGGAGCUCUGAGGGUGCUGGGAGCCCAGACCUGUGGUGUGAUGACUGCUGGGUCUAUUUGAAGCUGGAACCAAGACCUAGGUAGGCCAUAGAUAGCACUUAGGACAAUAAUGUGCAUUGGUGGAGUGCUUGUGAGUGCCAGGCACUGGGCAGAGCACCUGAUCCACGUGGAUUGUCUCAGGGAAGCCUUGAAAACCACAAGAGUUGGAUCCCAGGAAAGGGCCCAUUUGGCAGAAGGUGAAGGACAGGCCAAGAAUGGGGGGGGGGGUAUGGCUUACCCCCUAGGGUAUAGUGAGGUGAGAGGGACACCUUGCUGCCUGCCAGCCCCAGACCCCAGACCUUGACACUCACUCUGGGCCCACUGCCUGCAAAUGUACAAAAGGUGAAGGUUCUGAUGGCUGCCUUGCCCCUUGCUUCCCCCCAUGAGGCUUUCUCUAGGAAGCCUUCCAGAACUACCUGUGCCCAGAGUGCCCCUGUGUGAGGCUGUUUGCCCUCCUUCCAGGUGCCAGAUCUGUGUCUGUGUGUCUGUCCUCCCCCCUGCUCCCCGCAAGACUGACCUUCAGGCAUGGACUGAAUCUGGUUCUCCUCUUGUAUAGCCCUUGGCCCUCCCAGCCUGGAGUGGGCAUCAAUAAAGUGAAUUAUUGAUUGAACAAA